AUAGGGCUGCAGUCUGAAAGAGCCCAGCAGUUUGAGCUUUAAACAACAAGUGAGCAAAAGACAUCUGAAGAUCAACUUCAGCUCACUUCAGAUACUGCGGGACCGAGAAUAAAGGACUCACAUUUGAGAGGACUCGCACAAAAAAAAAACCCCCGCAAAGAUGAUUUUCGACAAGUUAAAAAAGUUUGACAUCGUCUUCGACUCUCCGGAGGUGGACUGUCCUCCUGUGUUCAGCAGCGGGGACGUGGUGUCAGGUCGGGUGGUGCUGGACCUGUCCGAUGAGAGUCGGGUGUAUUCCCUGAAGCUCCACGCCGAGGGGUUCGCUAAAGUGCAUUGGACCGAGUCUCGGUCCGCCGGCUCUAGCACCGCAUACACCCAGAACUACAGCGACGAAGUGGAGUACCUGAACCGCAGAGAGGUGCUGCUGCAGGCAGAUAAUGGUGAAGUGACCCACCUUCCUGCUGGCAGACAUGAAUUUCCAUUCAGCUUCCAGCUACCUGAGGAGACUCUGGUCACCUCCUUCGAGGGCAAACACGGCAGCAUCCGCUACUGGGUCAAAGUGAAGCUCCACAGGCCGUGGGCCACCGUCAAGAAGAUCAAGAAGGAGUUUACAGUCAUCGAGCCCAUUGACAUCAACACACCGGCCUUACUGGCACCACAGGCCGGAACGAAGGACAAGAUGGCACGGGCGUGGUACCGCAACUUCGGACAGGUGUCUGUAACAGCAAAGAUUGACCGCAAAGGCUACACACCAGGUGAGGUGAUACCUGUCUUCGCGGAGUUCGACAACUCUACCUCCAGAUCAGUGGUGCCCAAAGCCUAUAUCACUCAGACACAGACAUUCAUCGCCCGCGGCACCAUGAAGCAGAAGCGGUCGGUGGUGGGCACGCUGUGCGGUGAUAUUGUGGGCGCCAGAUGCAGGGAGACGUGGCACGGUCGCGCCAUCAAGAUCCCGCCUGUGGGUCCCUCCAUCCUGCAGUGCCGCAUCAUCAAAGUGGAGUACAUGCUCAAGGUUUGUGUUGAUGUUCCUGGGACGUCCAAGCUGUGCCUGGAGCUGCCGCUGGUUAUCGGCACCAUCCCCCUCCAUCCCUUCGGCAGCCGGACCUCCAGCGUCAGCAGCCAGUACAGCGUCAACCUGGAGUGGCUGCGCAUGGCCAUCCCCGAGCAGCCUGAGCCUCCUCCAGAAUACAGCUCCGUGGUGACAGAGGAGGAGGCUGAGCAGCGCAACAGCACGGCGGUCCCACAACCUGCCGAAGACCUGAGUGGGAUCCUGGAGCGCCCCCUCAUGGCUUUUGUCCAAGAGUUUCGCUUCCGACCUCCGCCUGUGUACAGCGAGAUUGAUCCCAACCCUCAGCCCCUGAACAUGAGACCUCGCUGCAUGACGUGUUGAACCAUGAGCCCUGCCUGAGCGUCAAGCGACUUAAAGUUAAUGAAACAAAUCAAGAGAUUUGUCUUCUCCUGGAUUACUUCUCUCUGAAAAAUGGUGCCUGGUCCCACCAAGUGUCGUCGAGGGGGACUGGAGCGCCACGCAGAGGCCGGGAGACGGAGCUCAAAGGAACUGGAUGUCAGUGGAGGCCACUCCAUAAAGUAAAGUGGACGCUUUCCUGUUCUGUUGCGAGGAAAGUAACUUCUCCACAUCAGUUCCUGUCCUCCCCAAGUGAUCUUUGGCUCCUGGUAAAGCCAGCUAUAAAUGCCUCCCAAUUAAGGAUUCCCUCAACUGAAUUUUGAGAUUUAAGGAGUUUGGGACACAUUUGGGGGAAAAGAUCACUUGAUAUUUGUCAGGUGGAGAGUUGGAGUUGCACCUGGUGUUCAAAUGUUUUGGAAAAAAAAAAGCGCUCUUGAGAAGUUGACGUAUGUUUAGAAGCAUAUUGUCACCUUUGAGUGGCGUAAAGAGAGAAGUGCAAUUACUGUCCUCAGUUUCCAACUCCCCUUGUACUGGCAACACAGUAGAUUUUAACAACUUACAUUGCUAUGCAUUGUUUGUCUGUGAUGAUUUCUACUGUUACUUAAGCACAUACUGUAUUUGAAGGUGUGGCAACGGAACAGACAAGUCAAGUAAGCAAAUGUAGAUGUAUUUUAUGCAUGCAGGUCACAAUAUGUAAAAGGGAAAAAUACAUAUGCCUUAAUUAUCUGCCGUUGAAGAUUGCAUGAGAGUGUCAGGGAGUUGUUCUCUCAAAGAUGAAUGGAGCACAGUGUAUUCUGAGAGGACUUUUACAACAAUAACGAUUGAAUUGUAUGUGGAUGAAUUCCAAGAGAAGUGUUGUGUUAAUGCAAGGCUUAAGGCACUGAAGUGUCGGAUAGCUGUGGUUGUUGAUUUUAGCACAGUGAUUAAACAGGAUGAGCAGUUUGUGUAUAAAGCUGCACAUAGAUUAGCUCUCCCAGCUGCUAAACAAAAGGAGGAGGAGGUGACGGAGACCUCUGAGCCAUGUGGCCUGAAGCUUUUGAUGGGAGCCAGAUGCCCCGGUGCUGUGGGGCGCUUUGUGAAGCUUGAACCCCGAACACACUGCUCAGCGUUUAAGUCGAGCCUCAAGCCGGAGAUGCCACUGAAAUAUAUGGACAAAGAACAUUCCAAAUAAACUGACUCGAGGAUUAGUUUCUCCUCAACUUCCAAAAAAAAAAAAACUGUUAGGAGUAUGAAAGAAGUCUUCAGGGUCAGCUGUGCAACUUUGGUGGCACGCACUGAAAAUAUAACGAAUGUAUUUUUAUACAAAUGCAAUUGUUUGUUCACAAUAUUGCCAAAGUUUUGUAAUUGUUUUUUUUAAUAAACCAAAAAUUUUAAAUUA